GCUAGCUCCCGAGCUAACUCCAGAGACUUGGCUGGUGGCUGGUGGCUGGUAGCGGCCGACUGACUGCACGUCCUGUGGGCUUGGCUCCGUCUGACAACGCCCGCCCGCCUGGGAGAACCACACUCUGCUUCACUUUAAUGAGGGGAGACUCAAGUCAGCAAGAGUGACACAGAUUUUCAGAAGCCAGCUUAAGUUAUGAAGUCCACAAUCUCUGACCUGCACUUGAAAUUUGCAGAGAAGACAUGGAAUGAGACAUUUCAGCUUGUCCGAAGAUGCAUGGACAAAUCCAGAGAUAAAUCCAAACCCUGUGAGGCGCUGGUUAGAUCCCUGGAAAGGCUCCAGGAGGUGUUUAAUGUGUCCUCUAUGAAUACCAUGAAGUCUCGUCUGGAAAUGAUUGCCAAACAACAAGGAAUGGGUUUUCACAUUACCGAGGCCACAUGCUACCUGACAGCCGACUUGUUCUACCUGGAGGUGGUGUUGUUGCCAUGUGGCGGGGUGGAGGACGUUAAAGUGGCCCCACACGGAGGAUCUCCUGUUCCCAGCGAGUCCCUUCUUCAGCUGCUGAGGUCAAAAGACUUUGCUGAGUUCUCCAUGAAGUUGGCAGGCCUCUUCGCCCAGUACAACAUCCCUGGAGACAAUGAAAUCCAAUUAAAAUUGUUUGCAUCUCUGCAAUGUCUCGGGAACGACUUACAGCAAAUGUCACGUUUGCCAAACGUCCCAAAGGACUCUGACCCCCAAGUGGACAUGAUCAACAAUGGCAGGAUUGGGUAUCUAAAAGCUGGAAAAGAAGAUUGCCCCCUGAUUAUCCAGUUCUAUAUCAUCCCUACUGAUGAAAUGGAGACGUCGGAUUUACAUCUGAUGGAUACAGCUGUCCAGGCAGCCCAGGUGACUGUAGGUGCCAGUGAUGUGGCUCACAAGCUUCAGAUGGCCUCUGCGAUCUCACAGCCUCCACAGCUGGAUCCCCAGGGUUAUCCUGUGUUCCUGCCGCUGAUUGAGGCACAGUAUGAGAUGCUGCCCGCCUGCUUUCUCCUGAAACUGCAGCCAGGAAUACCGAUGAUGCCAUCUUUUGUAAACAAGCUCAGUCAAAUUACAGAUGUGACCAUACCAGAUGUUGACCUGCAGUGGGCACCCUUACCCAAGCUUCUAUUGAGACAUUCACCAAGCACUAACAGCCUCAAGGAGAAAUUAGAUGAACAGGAUCCUAUUUUUACAGUGCCUCUUCCUGGUGGUGUGAUGCACAGUUAUGUUCUCCCUGGAGCUGCAUGGGAGGUGCCUGCUCAGAGAGGGGCUGUAGUGGACAGUAUUCCCUUCACCCACCCUGCCCAUGUCCCGGCCCUACUGGAGCUGCUCCGACAUCAGUGUGCCAUCAACACCCUGCUGAGGAGCUGCAUCACGUCUCAGCGUGCCAGAACAGGUUCGGUUCGUGACCUGCACUUUGAAGUCCUUCCAGAGUCUGAGACCAGCUUUUCUGUCACCUUCCACCGACCUGACACUGACUCCCUCGCUGUUUUGCUGGUGAAUGUAUCUAAUUCUCAUCAGAUUAGCUGCACUAUGUUCGGCGCAGGAAUAGGGGAUCCUUCUUUGGAUGAAUACCUUUCCACUGUCAUGAAGAGGUGUAUGUCCCUUCCUGUCACCCUGAGGACAUUACACAGCAAGCUAGAGGAGAUCAGCUCUGCCCCACUUUCUCCCCGCCACCCGGCCACCACAGAGGCCGAAAAUGACCACUCGGCUGCCACGAGCACCGCUGCGACUGACCCCAGCAGCGCCUUGACCACGAUCUCCGAGAGUGCAUCUGUGCCAGAGGACGGCCUCAGUGUUUCUGGUUCAGCCUGCUAUGCCAUGUCUGUAGCCAAAUCUGAGCUCCUUCCUGAAAUAAAUAUAAGUCCUGCUGUCAACCCUUACCCUUUCACUCCUGUGGGUGUGUUCUCACACUGGAUGACCAAAAACAGCCAACUGUCAGAGCUGAUCUGAAACUGCAUUCGCUUUAUAGGUGAUGAGUUUAAGCUUUUAAAAUGUGUAAAAAUCUUUUUUUUAGACUUGAAUAAAUGUUUUGGUAAAGCAACUGUUUUCUUUACACAAACUCAGGA